CAAGCGAGUGAGCGAGAGGGGAUAAUAUAUAUUUCUUUGUGCAUCAUUGAAAACUCAUGGUCUGUGUCACUCUUGUCCUUUUUUAAACCAGGAACCGCCUGUCAUCUAUGCCACGUUCUCCGCCGCAAGAUGUCCAUACGACAAUGACAGAUCCUCAUUUGCAGCUUCCUAAACCCUCGUCGCUCCUUUUAAAACGCUCCGCCGGCCAGCAGCAUCACAAGGCUCCCACCAAUCUCACCAUUUUCACCCCGUCCUAUGCUCAUAAUGGAGAAGCUACAAGCAUUCGUUCAGCGCCUUUGCAUCCACGUGCUUCAAAGCAAAACGGCGGAUUGCUGCAACAACGUCAUCAGCAACACACUCAGCAUCGUGUGAGCAAGGUUGUCAGUAGUAGUAGCAGCAGCAAUAACAACAACAACACUCCCACUAGCAUUCUCAAGAAACGAGCACAACCGCCUGCCACGGCAGCGCCCUGGCAACGGCAAGCUCCCCAGACCGAGUUUCCUAGUCCACCCAUCGUUCCUUCGCAACAACGGUGUCCUCCUCAGUAUUUACGCACGGCAACGUUCCCCAAGACGCCAAUAACCAAUCCGCCUCACCUCCACAGCCUCCACCAGCAACACAGCCAACAUCAACAACAGCAGCAUUCGCAUUAUCAACAGCAACAGCGUCCCAUGACUGCUGCUAUUAUGCCUGUGCCAGCCUCCACGACGUCUGCUUUGUCCAAGAAGCAACAAUUCUUGCAGCCGUUUGAGUUGCUCUAUGACAAUAUCGAGCAAACUAGACAGAUCAAAUCAACACUAGACGAUCAAAUCCGUCGCAGCUCGUCGUUGAUUCAGACAUUACAGUCGUCAAGUUCCAUGGUUGAAGCGUUGGUUCGAAAAAAUGUGCGUGAAGCUAUGCAGCAACAAUUGCAAGUAUACAGCAACCGUGUUGAAUGGCUCGAAAAGCGUAUGCUUUCUUCUUCUUCCGCCAACAGACCCAACAGAAGAACUAGCGGAAGUCAAAGUAGCAGCAGUAACGGUGAUCAUGAUGUGGACUCAACAACUUCUUCUUCUUCUUCACCUCCGUCGUCUCAAGUGGGUCGUGUAUUAUCAGAACUAGUGGAUCGUCUUGAUCGACUGGAAACCAAGAUGGAUACUCGAAGCAAUUGAUAAUGGUGAUGAUGAUGACACAAUACCAUACUUGUUUAAUAGCAACCUAAAAAGUCACCCUUUCUUUUGUUUUACACAUCAUUUGUAAUACUCCUUAUACCCCCUCUCCAAUUUCUCACCUUCGUAAACACUUCUCUCACGCACAAUUUCUUUUUUUACACUAUUACCCUUAAUAA